CUCCACUGGGGGGAGGUGGACCAACGGCUGAGGAGGCACAAGAGACAACAAGAGACAGGAAAGAGAAGCGUGUCCGGUGACAUAAACUAAUUCCCUGAGGAGCCAUUACUUCCCUAGCAAGGUUUAAUCAUAUAAAAAAGGCUACACGAAGAAGAUAUAAAGGUAAAAAGUUGUGAGGAGAGGCGGAGCGUGCGACUGAUGAGCUCGCGCGCUGGAUAGGAAGAAGUAGAAGGAACACACGCUGAAGUAACGUUGGCACAAACCCCGCUCUCCUUUUUUCAUUGUAUUUAUUAUUGGCAUUUUAUACGUGUACAUAUGCCGUGAUUUUAAUUUUCGGAUUAGUGGAUUAGUGGAACUCCAGGACAAGGACCGGUUUCUGAAAGUAUGAACUUUUCUGCUGAGGCGCCGCGCCACAGGUUCAGAACGAGCCCGUGAGGUGAAGUGAAUGUCAUUAUUUGAUUUACUGCGAUGAUGAAGACCAGAGUUUUGGACGCUGUUUAGCUGCUUAUUAGCCUGCUCGGUGUGAGACACGGGACAAAGAGGGGACGCCAGAGAUUCGCUCACCUUUUUGCGCACUUCCAUGAGUCAAAGCGGAGUAAUAAUACUGUUCGUGUAAAUUGUACGUUUCUAAUGUCAAGAUGACCGUGAAACUGGACUUCGAAGAGUGCCUGAAAGACUCCCCCAGGUUCAGGGCAGCCAUUGAGGAUGUGGAGGGGGAUGUGAAUGAACUGGAGACACGUCUCGAGAAGUUGGUGAAGCAGUGUAACUCCAUGCUGGAGGCAGGCCGUACAUACUGCCAGCACAGUAAGAGCUUUGUGAAUGGGCUCAGGGAGCUGGGGCACCACUGUUCUGAAGACAAAACUAUGGGGGACUGUUUAGAAAAGUUCUCCAAGAAGUUGUCCAUCAUUCUCAAUGCUCAUGAGGAGCUCAUUGAAACCACACAGAAGUCGGUGAGAAUGAAGUUGCACAGUUUUGUGAAGGAGGAUGUGAAGCGCUUUAAAGAUGUACGUAAGGAGUUUGAACGCAGUAGUGAGACUCUGGAGACAGCGUUGGGGAGGAAUGCUCAGGCUCCACGGGGUAAACAGCAUGAAGUAGAGGAGGCCAGCCUGUCUCUGUUGAAUGCCCGCAGAGUCUUCAGAUCAGAGGCUCUGGACUAUGUACUGCAGAUCAAUGUUAUUGAGUCCAAGAAGAAGACUGAAAUACUGAUGGCGAUGCUCUCCCUGAUGGAGGCCCAGGCUCUGUUCUUCCAGCAGGGCCACCAGUCCCUCACAGAACUCGAAGAGUACCGCAGGCAGCUCAGCGACGAGCACACUCAACUAGUUUUGAAUUCUGCUAGAGAGAAAAGAGACAUGGAACAGAGACAUGCUGCAAUCAAGAAAAAGGACGUAUCUUAUGACGACUUGAUCAUGGACUUCAGUCCAGAUGCACCCAGUGGCAUCGUGAUGGAGGGCUACCUGUACAAAAGAGCGAGCAACGCCUUCAAAACAUGGAGCAGGCGGUGGUUCUCAAUUCAGAAAAACCAGCUGGUCUACCAAAAGAAAUACAAAGAGCAGCCGACAGUGGUAGUGGAAGACUUGCGGCUCUGCACCGUGAAGCCCUGCGCUGAGCAGGACAGAAGAUUCUGCUUUGAGGUCGUCUCACCCUCCAAGAGCUGUCUGUUGCAAGCAGAUUCAGAGCGACAACAGCAAGGCUGGAUGAGUGCUGUGCAGAACAGCAUUGCCUCGGCAUUUCAGGAGAGGAGAGAAGACACGCUCAGCCCUAGAGAGCGCUGUAGCUCAGUGUCAGCGGGCAGUGUGAACUUGGUUGGUGGGGAGCAGCAGGAUUCAGGCUGUAAGGCACUGGAGGAGGUGCAGGCUAUCCCGGGGAACGGACACUGUUGCGACUGUGGAGAACCAGGACCAGACUGGGCUUCGAUUAACCUGGGAAUAACACUCUGUAUCACCUGCUCUGGAAUUCACAGGAGUCUGGGUGUCCACUUUUCUAAAGUCCGCUCUCUAACUCUGGACUCCUGGGAGCCAGAACUCAUCAAACUGAUGUGUGAGUUAGGAAACACUGCCAUUAACCGGAUCUAUGAGGCGCGCAUUGAUGAGAUCACCAUAAAGAAACCACACGCCUCAAGUCCCAGGCAGGAUAAGGAGUCAUGGAUUCGUUCGAAAUACGUGGAGAAGAAAUUUAUUCACAAGCUUCCUGAAACAGGCCGUGCCCCACCCCUGCGUCGCUCCAGUGCACGCCGUAACAGAGCAACCACUCAAGAGAAACCGGGCACACGUCCUGUACUCAAACCCAAACCCAGCAGGGCCACCCUGCCACGCCUCACAGGCCUGAACCCAAGUGAAAUAAUGAAGAACAGCAUUGACUCUCACAAAGAUGAUGAAGAGGAGGAAGAUUUGAGCGGUCUUCACCCCGGCGCUCUGCUCUAUCGUUCUGCAGCACUUCAGCACUUCCCUGUCAUGGCCGACGCUCUGGCACACGGAGCUGACGUCAACUGGGUUAAUGUAGCCGAGGACAGCAAAACACCACUCAUACAGGCCGCUACCGUGAAUUCCCUGGCAGCGUGUGAGUUCCUACUGCAGAAUGGCGCUAAUGUUAACCAGGUGGACUCUAUUGGAAGAGGACCCUUACACCAUGCUACUAUACUGGGACAUACAGGGCUGGUGUGUCUGUUUCUGAAGAGAGGAGCGGACUACAAUGCAAAGGAUAUCCACCAAAAAGACCCGAUCAGCAUAGCUGUAGAUAGCGCCAACGCUGACAUCGUUACACUCCUUCGAAUAGCCAAGAUGAACAAAGAGAUGCGAGAGAUGGACGGCUUCGCCCAAUCAGGUGAUGAGACGUACCAUGAUAUCUUUAGGGAUUUCUCCCAAAUGGCCUCCCACAACCCAGAGAAGCUGAAACGCCGCAGUGCCGACAUUAAAACCCCAUAACCACCAGGUGGCACUGCUGCCAGUGCUACCAUGUUCUGUACACAAAGACAUGGGCAGAAAAAUUAAUGUUUACUUCAUAAUUGAUCAAUCCAUGCUCCACCCACAGAUGCGUUCUUUCAUAGAUCCUGUUGCAAAACAAAAAUCCCAUUUAACCUAAUAAAAAAACUGUAGCACACAACACAGUUUUUGUCAAAGCACUUAAAUUUGGAGUUAUUCACCUGAAAUUUUUUUGCAUGUGUGGAAAGUAACACAUUUAGGAUAGAUUAUUUGUAGUUUUUGUGUAAUCAACCAAAUGUUUGCACGGUGGCAGUUUGUUGUUCUUGUUGUUCUUGUUGUUCUUGCUGUUUAGAACCUGCCCAGUUUCAGUUAGCUAUAACAACGGUUAGCUACAGCAGCUCUGUAAUGUAACAUUUUAAACUGGAAACUUCAGCGUUGUAGCAGCUGUAAACAUAGUGUGCUUCAGUUUCUCAUCGGGUUCAAUGGAGCUUUUGCCCAAGUUCUGUAAAGCUCAUCUAAUCUCACAACACUUGCUAUGAAAGAACAUGUCUAUAGGUGGAGCACAGUUGGAUCAACUGGCUGGCCAUGAUGCCAGAAGAGAAAACGUAAUUGUGAAAUGCAUGCUGCUGUAAAGUCAGCGCGCAGUUAUCAGCUGCAGUUUGUAGUCAUCCUGGAUCUUUGAGCCUGAGCCCCAAUAGAUCGUAGUGAUCAGCUCAUUCCAUAGACGCGCAGUAGAGCUGCCAUUAAACUGCAACCAUUUGUCCUUUUGCUCUGCAAUCACCAGCAUUCUCUUAACUCACAUUGGUACUCAGGAGGGCUCUGGAUUGAUGAAAUCAACUCUUUGAUAUCCAGUCAAAUUGAACUGAUCAUGGUUCUAUUUCACAAUCCAAUAUUCUUUUAUUACAGCAAUAUCGUAAAUUUCUAUUUUAUGUUUUAUCCUCAAGACUGAAUUAAAUUUCAGUGUGAACAAUUUACUUAUGCCAGUGCUUUUAUUUCUCCCUCUGAAACACAGUGUUAGUUUAUCUUGUCCAUCUUUAACAGCAGCUGGAAGUUGUUGAAUUCCUGUUUUUUUCUCCUUUUGUGACCAAACAUACAAUUCUAUGUUUUAAAUUUCUUUUCUUUUUCCUGUUAUAUAAACAUUGUGUUUUGUAUGCAUGUCUGUUCCAAGCAACAAAAGAUUUAUGCCCCUUCUGCCCAGGGAAAAAUAAACUCGCUUGCUAAUACAUGUCUCCU